AUGAACGACGUUAUUUCAGCCAUUGCAAAGCUAGACAGCCUUGGUCUUGCAAAGUUCGAUAUUCCGUUGCCGAAGUGCGUCGUCCUUGGUGAACAGUCCACUGGGAAAUCGUCUGUGAUAGAGGCUAUAUCAGGAAUCAAGACGCCUCGAUCAACGGACACCUGCACUCGAUGCCCGUUGUUCAUCAAGAUGAAUCCUGGGAACCACCAGACCAACCCCGAGAACCAACAAACCUGGACUGCGCAGGUCAAGCUGCGAAUCAAUUGUGAAUUCAUUCCUGGAAGGACUCCGCGCGGACAGCCUAUCAGGCGCUACACUUGGAAGCCGCUUCUAGCUCCUCGUGAGGAAGACUUUGCCAUUACAAACGACUAUAAGGAGCUUGAGGAUCUCAUUGCUCGAGCCCAGUUAGCAUUGUUGAAUCCAAGCACCGAUACAAGGAAGUUCGUCCCCUCAGCUAAUUGGCUAAGAGAGAGAGACACCAAUGUCGGUGUCAGUCGCGAAGCGGAGUUUAGUCCGAACCUAGUAUGCAUAGAAAUUACAGCGCCUGGCUUGCCUGCAUUAUCCUUCUACGACCUCCCAGGAGUGAUCGGACAAACUGAAGACUCAUCGCAUGAGUUCCUAGUCAAGUUUGUCCACGAUCUAGUCACCGACUACGUGAAGGACCCUGAAUCAUUGAUCCUUGUUACUUGUUCGUUGGCAAACGACAUGGCAAAUUCGUCCAUGACCCAAAUUGCCAAUCGAAAUAAGGCGAUUCAUCGUUGCGUCGGCGUAUUGACUAAGCCUGACCUUCCCGGAGGAAGUAGUCAGGCUACCAUUUCCAAAGUCCUUAGUGGACAAGCGUACAGAUUGGGGCAUGGAUAUUUUGUGGUGAAGAAUCUCUCCCAAGACGACAUCGAGAAAGGUGUAUCACACGCAGACGCCCGGCUACAAGAGGAAGAGUUUUUCAGUGCUAAUGAACCUUGGUUGAGCUCCGAAUACCAGGAUCGGUUUGGCACACUAAGGCUGCAGUCCUUCCUCUCGAAGGAGCUGGCGGCACAGUCUCUCAGGGCUCUACCUGAGAUUGAUGGAAAGAUUGCGAAUUGCCUCAAAGACAUUGACAAUGAGCUUGAGAAGAUUCCGGAGACGCCUACUUCCUUCAACGCCGUCCAUGCUGUUUCUGACAAGGUCCGCAAGUUUUCUGAUGAUGUACGAAAGGAACUUGAAGGUGACUUUGAGCAUGCUGCUUGGCACAAACUCUGGAAGGAGCUGUGCACCGAAUUUGCCGAUUGUUUAACAGACCUGAAGCCUGUCCUGAAGACAGUCGGUAGGCUGGACCAAGGAAUCCUUCGAUAUCAGCAAGCAGGGAAGUCUGUUGACGAUUCGAUCGUGAUCGGUGACUCCGAUCAAGAAGAAGACUGUGAUGAAGAGUCGGGAUCCGUGAGUCCGAAGAAGCGGAAGCUGGAUAGCUCUUCUCAACCUGUCACACCAUCGAAGUCUCUGCUCGAGAACUCAUCGACCUCCGCAUCACAGAUGUCUACGCCUGCCACAGGUAUUCCUAGGGCUCGAAAAGCUAAAACAAACAACACGAAGCGACCCGUGAAUCCGCUGCGAACUGUCUAUGACCUCGACGAAGUUGUCCGAAGCCUGUCCGAGUAUUCUACUACUCGAAUGCCCGGCCAUAUUGACCCUAAAAUCAUUGAAAGGAUGAUUGUCCGCACUCUGGACCACUGGGACAGUCCGUUGAAAAUGUUCUUCAACGUUCUUGAUCGUCUUUUGCGCGAACGUAUUACGGCCAUCUUUAACAGACACUUUGAGCAGUGGGACCAAUCUCUCGUGUACGCCAUUGGACUAGACGUGAUCAACACAACUAUUCAGUUUAAUAUUGAUGAGCAGUGCAAUUACUUGGCCAGGGACUGUCUUGCAGACGAGCGCGAUGGCCCCCACAUCAUUAGCAACGAGGUCCAUCAAUUCUUCCAUAAAAAGGUCCUCGACACGUACACUAGUGCUCGACAACAACAACGAGAGAAGAUGUAUCAAGCCGAAUUCGACGCUCUAUUCGGAAGGAAGAUGCCAGCAGCCGAGCAGGAGAAAGCUAAAAUUGCUGCUCGCCAGGAACCCUACAAGGUUGAGAUUGAAGCAGUUGCUAUGAUUACAUCAUAUUACAUGAUGGCAUCCUGCCGAUUUGUUGAUUCGGUGUGUAUGAGGGUUCAGUCGAAGUUCUUCAAGUUUCUCAAGACACAGUUGCACGACGAGAUGAUUUCACAGAUGGGAAUUCUUGGUGAUCAAGGUCAGCAAGAAGCCGUGCGCAUUCUGGAGCAACCCAACGACGUCCAAGCGAAACGGAACGACCUGUUGAACAAAAAGACGCUUUUGUUGGAAGGACAGCAGCUUCUCGAGGAUCUUCGCAAGAAGCACGGCGUUCAUCCUACGGCGAAUGGUGUUGGAUACGACGGUAACGGCACGAUGGGAUCGUUCCCCGAGGCUCCUCUCUCACCUUCUGGGAUGAAUGGAGUGACGUACGGGCAGUGAAAGAAGACUGCAACGCAUUCGCACGGCCGCCGGGAUCUCUCAGUGCGAUUUCGCGAUUCGAGCAGUUGCAUUUUCCUGUUUGUUCUUUGCUAACACGUCGCCUCGAUGGAUGCCGCAUUACCGAUGUCAAAUUGGUUUGAAGGUAGAGACGAGUUGACGUCCACGUCUUGUAAAAGGCGUUUGAAAACACGUCCAGGAUUUCUUUGGUUUGAGACAAAAUGGAGUCCAGGUAUUCAAUU